GAGCAUCUCGAUACCACUGAUUUUCCAAAGUGGCUUCCCCCAGUUUCCCUCCUCCCAUACUGUUUUUGCCCCGCACGUAAAUGACGAAAAACACUUGCACCGCCGGGGACUGAGUGACGCUAUUUCAAUGGCAAAGUGGUCUCUCCUAAACUUUUUGGAUUGGUCUAACUUGCCAAAUCUUGAAAGCAUCAAGGCAAGAAGAUAAAACCUGCUGGAGCAAUAAAAUCAUUGGAAUGUCACUUGAGACUGGAAUAAAUCAGUAUUAAGAGUAGUAUUGUGCCCAAUCAAAGACUCUCAAAAUAUUAUCUGUUGCUUACUCUGUUUGUAGGUGUACCGUAAAUAAUAAACAUCACUGCAUCGGUCCAUCCUCAUAUUUUUACUUAGUGAAGUGUUUGAAAACGUCCACAGUGAGUCCACUGAUUGACAUGUUUUGAAGUUAUCUGCUACAUGUAUUUAGGUUUAUUUCGAUAAAUAGUUUAAUUCUGUUUAAUUCUUUUUCAAACAGCCUCGGGGAAUGGAGUAACUUUCAGAGCAAAGACAAGUUACGUGGAGUACCAUUUCAACACGACUUCGGCCUUCCUAGGAGCCAUAUUUCAACUUGAAUUCUCCUCCACAAGUUGCAAGGGAGAUUUAAUACUUGUGACUAGUAGAGACACAGAUAACUUUUUCAAAAUUUCUUUGGAAGAAGAAGAUAAAGUCAAUUUUUAUUACAAACACGAAGAUGGAGAUUUCAACUUGCGAAUAUCUCCAUCUCACAACAAAACGUUUUGCGAUGGGCAAAGACACAAUAUUGAGGUUAAAAGAUAUGGAAAGAUGGUCACUUACAGCACUGAUGGUGGUGAGGAAAUGCAGACUAAAGACACAAGUGUCAAAAUAGCCAUCUUUAGUAAACCAGAUAAGAUCACCCUCGGAGGGUCCAAUGACAAGUUUGAUGGCUGCAUGUUCAGUGCAUUGGUCCUUUUCCAUUGGAAAACCGACUUAAGUAAGAAUGUCAGCGUUAACAUUAUAGAGCGUUACCUCAAGAGGGAUCCCAGGGUUCAUUCUGCUGCUGUGUUUCCCGGAGCUUGCCCUAACUCUAAAUCACCCGCAAAAGGUGAUUAUGAAAUACGAGAAUGUACACGUUCCAACACCGACAUCUCCAUGACAACGGACCGUGGUGUGAUAGCCAGUCCCCAACCACAAGAAUCAAGCCACAUCAGUAGAUGCGUAUGGCGCAUCACGGCCCCAGCUGAACAUUGAUUGAAGUUCACAUUGCUCUUUUAUAACAUCAGCGGAUUUGUGUCCUGUUUACGUUCUAAAAGUGAAGUCGUUGUCUAUAACGGAAUAUCUUCUGCUUCGAAUGUUCUUGAACGGUUCUGUUUCCCCAAAUCGAAUACAGUGGUGUAUACACGAGAACGUCAGAUGAUGGUCGACAUGACUUUACCCGACAGCAUCUACCUUGAUUUCAUUGGCGCUUAUGAAGUCGUGAAAAUGGACGAAGGUAACUCAUAUGAUACCGCUGAAACUAUCUACAACGGCCAUCUUGAGGACAAGGGAAAGUAAAGUAGUUGUGUAACAUGUCACCUGUUCUUUUCCGGAUUACAAUAUUUAUAGUUCAGAAACAAAAUGCUUAUUGUAGCAUAUUAAUACGGAACCCAAUAAAAAUACAUCAAAACAAAAAGUAUAAACAGAAACAAAGACCAACGACGCGUAGUUCGGAUCAAGUUUAGUGACCUUUUCCAAUUAAAAGUGUGGUUUUGUAUAUACACCGUUCGUCCGUCAUUGAUGAACUAGCCCUUGUCGAGAGGUUAUUUUGGCAGGUGGGACGCGUUUUAGUGGCCGUUGCUGUCGUAGAGAAAUUAAAACAAGAGUGCAUGUACGGGCUUUCCGCUGGGACCAAAAAAAAGUGGCCGCGUUAAAGAGAGGUGGCCAUUAUUAGAGGUUUGACUGCAAUUUAAUGACAAAGGUUCUGAAAAUGAUUGAAACAAUAUGUCAAUGAACAUGGGUGCAUGGUAUGAUGAAAAGUAUAACUUUCUUAUCUCUAACAUCCAAUCAACAAACAGGAACCUAACAAACAUGUCUGGAAUAUUGACUAGUCCAGAUUUUCCACACAAUUACGGAUUUGAACAUGACUGUACCUGGAUCAUAUCAGUACCAAUAGGACAUCACAUUCUUCUUUCAUUCGAUAUGGGUGACUUCAACAUUCAUCCGUGUAACAAGAGCUGUGCCUGUGACUUUCUAGAAGUUCGAGCUGGAACAACUUCUAAAGGAAAGUUUAUUGGAAAAUUUUGCGGUGCUACCCCGCCCUCUCCUAUUUAUGUUAGCGGACGCGAAACCUGGCUUCGUUUCGUAACGAACAAACUUACGAACAAUAAAGGAUUUCGCACAACGUAUAAAGCCAUCCGAAGCCUUGCAGACGAAUGCCCAAGGAACAGGACAUUUACGGAUCGUCGUGGGUAUGUCCAUAGCCCAAGGUUUGCUUUAGAUUAUCCAGGCAAGAUGGAAUGCAUAUGGAGAAUCCGCGUUCCUAAGGAAUACAGAGUUAGUUUUGUAUUCUUAGCUCCGAUCAAUCUUGAUCCAAACUGUACUGACGUUUUGGAAGUUAGAGAUGGCCUAGAUGUAACCAGUCCAUUGCUGAAUCGGUACUGUGGCUCUACCAAGGCUCCGCCGAACAUCUUUUCAAGCGGAAGAGCAUUGUUUGUACGGUUCAAGUCUGACAGCUAUCUUCGUGGUUUCGAUGGCUUAAACCCAGGAUUUCGGGCCACAUACUUUGCUACACGUGUCAAAUCAGGUGCAGCCUUCUUCAAGACAAGUUUAUCCUUAAUACCUCUGCUGGUUUUCCUUUUUAAAUAUUGUUGAACUAUCGAAACAAAAUUACUU